AUGGACGACAGCGCCGCCAGGUUCAAGCGUAUCCUCGCAGACAGCCCGGAGCUGUCUGCUACACUUUCGCUCUCUGACAUCGUGCGAUUCGUGGAUAUCGUCCGUUGGAAGAAGGAUGAUAUCGCGGCCAUUCAGCCCUCCUUCAUCUCUGGCCCGCCUGAGUAUCUACCGCUUUCUUAUCACAAAUUCCUGAUGGACUGCUUUUCCCUUGAGCACGAGACGGCAAAGUCGCUUUGGGUGAAGUAUCGAACCCUUGCUUGGGAGGACCACGAAAGCAACAAUUCCAUGGAACUCGAGGCUCGUGCCAAGAGUCUCAUCCAACUUUUCCUGAAACAUGGACUACAGCACGGUAUCGGUACCCUGCCACUCAGCCGCAUCUGCAUGGACUCGGCCUGCAGUCGGGAGUUACAGUCCACGCCUGGCGUCUUCCGCUCUCGAGAGCUCGUCGAACCGCUGUCAUACAAGGCUGUUUUUCUCACCAGGGACUUGGGACCCCUGCCUGUAUAUUGUACCUCUCUGUACUGUCGCCAAUGCAACACACGAUACUAUCCGAAUUUCUACGUCCAUGACCAAGCAACAACUCGGACGUACUAUGCAGAUGUCCCCGAUAUCAUUCAAAGUGCUCAACAUGUCUUUAUCUCCAGAGAACUUUGCGAAUUGUUUAUCACACUCAAAGUGGUAUCCUGGACUUCUGCAACUAAUUGUGCGAAGCUGUAUAACUUGGCUUUAGGAAACCCGUCAAUUACUCCUUUGCUACCAUCAGAUUGGCCGAUCAAGUUCGCUCUCGAUGCUGAAAGGGUGUGGGAAGCGUUCUUCCUGUAUUCCCUUCUCCUGGACCAUCAUGAGCACGGAGAGCUCUUGAUCUUGCCGCACAACUCUUCUAGCCAGUUUGAGCGACUGCGACCGGCGAUACAGGCUCGGAAUAAGCAGAUGGCUGGUCCAGGUCAGCCGGAGUGGAAUCAUGCUUGUAAUCUCUGCUGCUGGGUUAGUCAAGAUGAAGAUGGAAAUAUGACUGCUGUUAGAUCUGUCGUUACUGAUGGUGUUGCGAUUGGCCAUCCUUGCUGCGGCGUACACGAUUGCAAAGAGCCCCUCCCGUCGACUAAGGGCGCUCGCUACUGCAAGACGCAUACGUGCAAGGAAACCGAAUGUGCUGUUGUUGCUUGCGGUCGCCCCGCACAACCAGGGUUUGAUACAUGCGAUGAAGAUGAUCAUCGGGCACUCGAGACACAUAAAUCACAGGAAGGGAAGGCAAUGUUUCAACUGAAGCGUCGUCUCGAGCGCCUCAGGACGUCGCAGGUUCAUGACUCAUUACCAACAACCGCCGAUUCUCUAGAGCAUACAAUGAUCGAGCCCAUCGAGGGCACCGGUGUUGGCGAAGACACUGAGACUGAGGUCAGCAAUACCGACAUUCUAUGCGAUGGGAAGCCAUCUACCGGAAACCGGAAGAUAGUAGCCCAGUUCGGACGCCGGCGUACCCAUAACGAGGAGCUGUGUGUCUGCUCCUGUGGUGUCGUAAUUGGCCGUGCUACGUUCUUCGGCUCAGAAGCACCUAAUGGAGUUCGGGAAUUUUUAAUGACAUUGUUCCCGACAAAGCGAUCCUUGCCAGAGGUUCUAUGGCACGAUAACAACUGCCGGAUUCGUGCUAUGCUUGAAGGUGAUCCCCCUGAUUUACAGAGUUAUUUUGAAGAAUGUGCUAUGCCCGUUGAUGUCUUCCACUUCAAAUCGAAGCACAAAGAGACUGACAUCAUCUGCAACACAUACUGUAACCCCGCCAGCUGGCCCGAGCUCCACACCGAGGACGGGAAGUGGCGUUUCAAUUCAUCAGCCGCGGAGCAGACAAAUGCAUGGUUUGGAGGAUAUCAGGCAAUUGUACGGGAGAUGGACGUUGAUAGGUAUAAACUCUUCUUGGAUGAGACUAACCGGCGCUGCACCUGCGAGACUGCUGUACGGAUUUAUGCAUGA